AUUCCCAAUACUCCUUUACAUUUUUUAUUUUACCAUUACAAUUACCCAUUGCUUUCUGAGAUGUUUGUUGCACUUUUCACUUUCACAUGUUCCUUUUUUAUUUUUUCUCCUGUUAUAUCAAAUCUUGUCAUAUCAAGUCUCUUAUUGUUUCUUUCUUGUACCUAAACACUUAACAAAACACCCCCUUUUAACUGAAAUAAAACUCACAUUCUUUUACCCCUUUAUUUUAGGCGGAUAAACCGGUGUCAUUUCAUAGAUCCAAUACUACAAAAUAUUCUAGGGUGUUGGUUGAUUUGAGCAUUUUAACUCAACUGGGAAAUGGUGAUUUGUGUAGCCAGUUGAAUCUCAUUUGAUUUAGUAUAUUCUGUGGCAAUAUGGAUAGAUAAAGCAAAUCAAUGGAGGAGAGUUUUGAGUUCCGUCGGUGGGAUGAAUUAAUUCCUGAUGCACUUGGGCUGAUAUUUAGAAAACUUCCACUUCAAGAGGUUUUAACUAUAGUCCCAAGGGUUUGCAAGUCAUGGGGAAAAGCAGCAAGGGGUCCUUAUUGUUGGCAAGAGAUUGACAUUGAGGAAUGGAGCAAAAAUUGCUGCCCUGAUAACCUUGAUCGGAUGCUUCAAUUGCUUAUUACAAGAAGCUCCGGUUCUCUUCGUAAGCUCUGCGUUUCCGGUCUCUCCAGGGAACAAAGCUUCUUGUUCAUUGGAAACAAUGCCAAAUCUCUGCAGAUGUUGCGGUUGCCAAAAAGUGAAAUAGGUGAUUCUGUUGUGGAACAAGUUGCGGGAAUGUUAUCGAACAUUACAUUUUUGGAUGUAAGCUACUGCAUAAAAAUAGGAGCCAAAGCCCUUGAAGCCAUAGGGAAGCACUGUAAAUGUCUCACUGGUUUGCGACGAACAAUGCAUCCCCUUGAGGUUAUUAACAAAAUCUCCCAAGACGAUGAAGCCCUUGCAAUAGCCACUACAAUGCCAAAUCUUAAGCAACUCGAGAUUGCCUACAUGUUGGUUGGUACUACAAGCAUAAUCGAGGUCCUUAAAAGCUGCAGACAUCUUGAACUACUGGACGUAAGAGGUUGUUGGAAUGUGAACCUUGACGGAAAUUUUGUGAAGAAAUUUAAUCGGGUAAAGGUGGUCGGUCCCGUUGUCGUAGAUUGCUAUGAUAGGAAUGGCUGGGACAAUUGCUCUGAUUAUUCAAGUUCUUCUGGCUAUGUACCAUGGGAUUUUGUGGCUGGUGAUGUGGACGACGAUGAUGACUUUGAUGAGAUGUCGGAUGUGUAUUGGGAAGAUGAUCAAGAUAUUGAGGAUGUCGAAAUGUGGUUUUAUGAUGACUUAAAUGCUGUGGACUCUGGAUAUGAUUGGCCGCAAUCUCCUUGAGGUUUGAUGAUCAAAUUCUACUUAUUCAAUUUCCGAAGUUCUAAAAUACUUCUCUUCUCUAUGGUAAAUACUGCUUGUACUACUAUAUAUAUGAAAGUUUGCCUGCUUUCUUGUGUACCUUUUCCUGUUUCUUUUUUCUGUUUUAUUACUUUCCUGUUGUAAUUUCUAUUCAUAUAACAAAGAUUUCCAUUCCAUCUUCUUAAUCAAUUCAGUCUGCAAUUGUUUUUCGGGUUGCCAAGAUA